CACUGAUGAAGCGCGUCUCCUGACCCUGACAGCCCAAGCCUUCCCUCCGUAAAAGCACGAAAUGCCUGCAAACACCUGGCUGGAUUUCGCGGAGGCGGUCUGUUCUCCGUGUUCCUUUUACGCCCCGUCUCAGCGUUGCUUUUGCUAGGAACGCGAUGUCCUGGAUGCGUUUUCUCCAGUGACGCUGAAGUGAAGCGCAGUUCGCUGAAGCCAUGUGAAGAGCGGACAUGUCUCUUGUCGGGAGCACCGGAGGCAACACGCGAGUCCAGUAGAGGAACAGUGCUCGCGCUUUAUUGGAGAGCAAAAAAGAUCCAUGAGGAGACGAAGAGAGAAGAGAUGGUAGAGAAUGGCUGCACCUGACCUUCUUGACCCAAAGGCUGCCGCCCACAACUCCAAGCCUCGCCUGUCGUUUUCAACCAAACCAGUGGUGCUGAACACCCCAGAGGACGAGUGCGACACUCGGACUACGGUCAUGAGGUGGAAGACCGUAUCAGCUAUCUUUUUCCUGGUGGUGUUGUACCUCAUUAUCGGGGCAACAGUGUUCAGAGCACUUGAACAGCCUCACGAGAGCUCCCAGAAACUGGCCAUUCUUACUCAAAAGCUGGACUUCUUAGUUGCGCAUGCAUGUGUAAACUCCUCGGAGCUGGAAGAGCUGGUCCGGCAAGUGGUUAUAGCAAUUCGAGAAGGUGUGAACCCUUCAGGAAAUUCAUCCAAUCAGACGAGCCUCUGGGACAUGAGUUCCUCCUUUUUCUUUGCUGGGACUGUUAUCACCACCAUCGGAUUUGGGAACAUCUCUCCUCACACAGAAGGUGGGCGGAUCUUCUGUAUAAUCUAUGCCCUGCUGGGGAUUCCCCUAUUUGGAUUCUUACUGGCUGGUGUCGGGGACCAGUUGGGAACUAUUUUUGGGAAGGGCAUCGCCAAAGUAGAGAAGAUGAUCGUGAAGUGGAAAGUCAGCCAGACAAAGAUUCGCGUCAUCUCCACGCUGCUCUUCAUCCUGUUCGGGUGCCUCAUCUUCGUGGCCCUGCCAGCCGUCAUCUUCAAGCACAUCGAAGAGUGGAGCACUCUCGAGUCCAUCUACUUUGUCGUCAUCACGCUCACCACCAUCGGCUUUGGAGACUUUGUCGCUGGAGAAAAAGGUGGGUUCGAGAAACCAGAAUACCUUGAUUACUAUAAACCCGUGGUGCUCUUCUGGAUUUUGGUGGGCUUGGCAUACUUUGCUGCAGUACUAAGUAUGAUCGGAGACUGGUUUCGGGUUAUCUCCAAGAAAACUAAAGAAGAGGUUGGGGAGUUUCGUGCACAUGCAGCAGAAUGGACUGCAAAUGUGUCAGCAGAGUUCAAAGAGACCCGCAGGCGACUCAGUGUUGACAUUUAUGACAAGUUUCAGCGUGCUGCAUCCAUCAAGCGCAAGCUGUCAUCUGAGCUGGGUAUUAAUGCGUCCAUCAACCAGGAAAUGACCCCUGGCAAGAGGACGCUGUCAGCUAACUUUUGUGAGGACAGAGAGGGUUAUCCCACAGUGAAUCUUUCCCUCAGUCCUGUCCCGGGGGCCCUGGCGAGGAACGGCAGCCUUUAUCUAAACGGCCUCAGUCCAGAAUACGCCGACCGACAGGAGAUCGCCAUCAUCGAAAACCUCAAAUGAGGAGCAGCGUGAAUAAUAAGAUUUGGGGAGCUGUGUAAAAUACAUCUAGCCACUGACAGAGAUUACAGAUACAAACAUGCUUUUGUGUUAAUUCACAGAGCAUCGCUGAUGACAUACCCAAACACAUUUGUUAAGUAGACUGUGUUCCAACCAUCCCAUAAAUCAGUCAUGAAGCCAUGUACCUUCAUGUGUGUGAGCCUCACACAUAAAAACACACAGUUUGGAUUUAGUCUGUGAAAGAAGUCUGAAGACUUUGUUACCAUCAACGUGACUGACUGACUGCUGUGCUAGUGACUGAGCCAAAUCAAAAAAAGAAAAAAAUUGUUCCAGACUGGAGCAAAUGAUUGUAUUGGAGGCAUGAACUUGAAGAAAAAAAAAAGAAAACUUCUCCUGAGCAGAGGAAGGAAAUGAAAACCCUGUACAGAGGUAGCAACACACUGGGCAUCCUGUCCUCCUACCCCCUGCAAUCAAAGACCAAUAAAUUCAUCAAACUUCGGAAGCAAUAGACGUAUCUGUGCAAAGCUCCUGCUGAAUUUUUCAGAGGCCCUGAAAUCUGCAUCAGAUCGAGAGGAUCCUCACUGAUAAAAACACUGCAUCAUCAACAAUGAACACAUGUUCUCUACAAGGCAGCAGCUCUGUGCUAACACAAAGGAAUGUCCCUCUUUCUUUUGCAUUAAGCUUGUUACAGCAUGAAUUUAUAUGCCUUGCAUCUGCCGGUCAGUCUGCCCUCGCUAUAGAGAUGAAUGUUGACAUAUUAGUUCCUUUGUGACUGACAUUCAGUUUCUCAUUAUGAGGAAUAUUCCACUUGUGCCUUACUAAAAAGUAUACUGAACCUUUGAGGAUGACGGCGUGUGAGAGACUGAGCAGCGCUUGUGCAAGCUCUCAAACUUCUUAUUUUUGAGAACAGCAGUAAUAAAGAUGUAUUUGGGAUGUGUCUUGGAAAAUAAGUGGACAUUUUUUUUCUUUGACUUGAGGGAGUUUGCAUGACAAGGGAGAAGAAAGCGUUUUGAGAUAUAUUUGAUUACUUGAGGUAACAUUUGAGAAAAGGUCACCGCUCUAUCAACUGUCUUAGUUUUUUUUCUUUUACCAUCUUAAUGUGCCGACAGUUACAUUAACCACAGUGCCAGGCUUUCUGAUCAAACCCUCUAACUCCAGUAUACCAAAGCUAUGAUCCUGCUUUCCUGACAGAAGAAUAAGAUAUUUCUAAAAUCUAGCAUUUCAGGGUUUUGAAAACUGAAUUUAAAUGAACUUCUGGCAUUUGAGGUACUGUAGUAGUAAAAUAUCCGAAGCUGUGAGGCACAUCUCCACCUUACCGCUCUUUGUGAUUGAGCUGGUUGGGGAAUAGUUCCUCUAUUCGUAAAGAUAAGGUCUGUUAUGUAUUGCUGUUAGUGAAUGUAUACAAUCAGAAAUCCUUAUUUACUGUGUGUCACAUUAGUGACCCGAUUGAGGCUUUACAGAUAUACUAGGGGCAUCAUAUACAAGAAGAAAUGAUUUAAAUAAAUGCCGCUUUCUUGCAGGUUUGGUGUUGAUGAAAAUUUAUACUAAUGGCAGGAAUGUUAUUCAGGCACAGCCUAUAUCUCACUUCCAUUUAUAAUUACACAGAAUAUGAAUCUGCUUCUUCUUUUAAAUUAUUAAAAUAUAAAAGUUAAUCAAUUUUUAAGGGAUAUUUUCCAUUUUUGUCUCUCCUAGUGUCUUUAGUGCAUCUUGCUUGUCUGAUUUUGUUCAGUGCAUUUAAACAGCAACAGCUGGCACUGUCCCAUUCAUUUAAUAGUGCCAUUUACAGUUUUACAGUUUGUCUUAAAAGAUAAUUUGUUAUGCCAUAUCAACCUUCCUCCAUUCUGCUGCCAUUAAAUACUGCUAAUUUGUCAAAGCUGUUGGCAUCUUAGAGGUACCCAAAGUGUCCUUUGUCUUGACACUCCAGUUGUGGCAGUAGUGAGGCCAGUCAACCCUUUAGUUCAAGCACACCAGUUACCCUUGAAUGCCAUUUAACAUGCAGGGGUGAUGUAAAUGAGGAUGAUUUAGCAAAAACCACAAUCUGGAAAUUGAAUGCUAAGCUAAACUGAGAGCACAAAGGCCCCAAAUGGGACACAAAUGAAGUUUCAUGGUUGAUAGCUUUGUGAUUUAUAGCACCUCCCCCUGCACCCUUAUAUGGUCUUUGUUGUUCUUUCACAGUUUACAGUUUGGCUUCAUCUAAUAUUCCCAUAGCUGCUAUGCCAAGACACAGACAAUGAUGAAAUUCAGGGAAAAGUAAAUUAAAACAGCUUGAACCAAACAAACAAGGUCUUAUAUAAGGAUUAGUUGUCAAAUAUGUAUGUCCAUGAACUACCAAUUGUAACAUUUAACUAACUUAACUCCAGCUUAUAUUAGCUUGAUAUUUCAUUACUCAUUUAGACGACUUUGGGAAAAAAAGUAGUUUGUGAUACGGUCAGCAAAAGUGACCUUUUAAUCUGACCUCAGGAUUAUGCCAGUACAGAUUUUCUAUGUAUCUAAUAUGUUCCAGUUCAUUUAAAUAAAUAAAAAUGCAGAAAUAUGUUUCAUUUUUGUAUGUAUAUUCAUUUAGAAAUCAAAUCUGAAGUAAUUCUACUCUUACAAAAGAUUGGAAAUCAUUAAUAUAAUAACUAUUACUGUAUAUCAUCCCACUUCCUAAAACUGUAAGAAAUAGUUUUAAUAUGUUUUUAUUUUUGUUUGUUUGUUUUUUGCCUUUCUAAGGUCUUUACAGGCUGAGACAUUACUUCAGUUUUACUUCCCAAGUGACAUUAAUCCCCAAGUGUGACUCAGUUUAGCGGGCACAACAUAAUCCCUGAUAUGUUUUCUUGACUUGAGCAGAGUCUGGUCGUGUGUGUUCGUGUAUAAAAGCCAUUCGCUAUUAUGUGUAAUAAAAUCAAAGGGGCAUCACUGAGGAAAAUAGAAAGGAACUUUAACAAAUAAUACUGUUACUUCUCUUUAUGCUUCUAAAAAGCAAUCAAUACCAUGUAAACACUUACCUGUACCAUGUGCUGAACUGCAAUACACUGGGAGAAAGACUAUUAGUACAUAAUUGCUGAGUAGUCUGAGGAAAGCCAUCCCAGCUUUAGUGUAGCUUCUCAAAGCAAAGGCCCCUAAAAGACUGUGCUGCUGCUUUCCUUGUCAGAUACGUGAUUAACAGCCUGUGAGUGCUGCAGAAAGUCAAGGAGGACCGUCAAUAUUAUAUUAUAUAAUAUGUCAGGACACGUAAGGCCACAUGCACAUGGUGGUUUGUAUGACCAUUAACGACUGCACGACUGAGCGUGUGCGUUCGGGUUUGAGGAAGCUCAUUAAGUUUCCGCCCACACACAUUACGUUUCCUUCUCUUUUCCCGAGGUGACAGUUUUUAAUUAGGUCUGUAGCUCACAUCAGAAUCCUGAUUCAAGCAUGGUGAAUGUAUCCACCCAUUGUUGACAGCUGAGAGGAGCCUCAUUAUAGACGUAAGCACAUGCAUCAUUUAACGCAGCGAUAAAUGCUUGCAAAGGUGUUCCAAUAGCUCAUGUGGGUAUGCUGUGAAAGGCCUUUUAAAGCUCCGGCCCUCAUUAAUUCAAAAUCAGAAUGCCGUAAACGAGAAUCAUGUAUCAAUCAUAGUCAUAAUAACGUGAACUAAUAAAUAUAUAUCAACUUGGAUUUGGAAGAUGCAUUAGAAUUUUACAAUUUGUGAUGGAAGGACAACACAAAUUAUUUUCACUGUAUUUUUUUUAUAUAUUUCUAUUUGUUGAAUAUAUGUGAAGGCUUCAUGGACACAUGAUCUUUUUUUUUUAAACAUGACAUCAUCAAGUGUUGCAUGCUAUUUUAAAUGUUGUUUAUUGAUCAUGUGUUUCCUAUCCUGGGCUUUGUUUGGUUUUUAAAAACAAUAUAGCAUUGUAUGUUUCCAGUGUGUUAAUGUA